AGCGUUGCUAGGAUACAUUGCAACAAAUGUGUCCAUCGUUACUGGAUACAGUCCUACAGAAAACAUUCCGUCAAAGGCACUUUUUUUUUUACACAACGACGUUGUAAAACUGUCUAGUGACAACAAGAAAUGUGCCAUGCAACUUUCUGUGAGCUCUGAAUGCUCUUUUUUAGAUUCAUACGAUUGAAACCAAAAUACAUUCAGAUCAAAUGGAAACUGCGACUGUUGUCCGGUUUGGUCGAAGGAGUGGGUCCAGCAAAACAACGCGAGCAGUUGAGGAAAAAAAAGCAAUGCAACCACCAGAUCUUCGACAAGUCACUGUUUUGCCCAAAGCCGAAUGGCUCCGAAUUCAAGGAAGUUUGAAUCAAGGGAAUAAAUACAACGAGAGUCUAAAGGAAGCAACCAAACAACGAGAAGCUAUGCACCUGAGGUCCAAGGAGGUGGUAAAAUUCUGGUCUAACACAAUAGCUGGACAAAGACAAAAGAAACUGGAGGCAAAGAGGAUUCGGGAGGAACUUGAAGAAGAUGAGAAGAAACAGAUGGAUAUUGAGGAGGCUAAAUAUCAGGCGCAAAAGAGGAAAGAAGCUAUUGAAAAGGCCAAAACUCAACAGUACUACGAGACUGAUCGUGUGAAAGGAUUUCAUCGUGCACUCUUGCUGACAGAAGUCCUGAAGGAAAGGGAGGCCCAGAUAGAACUGAAGCAGAGAAAGCAGGAUACCUCCAAAGAUGUGGACAAGGAAAUUAUGGCUAUCAUUAAGUGUAGAGAGGAUGAAGCUUUGCAAAAGGAACAGCAGAAAGCUUUGCAGAGGAAGCUUGACAUCCAGGCCACAGCAGAAGACUUAAAACAGCAGGCAAAUGAACAUGAGAUGAAUAGAGAACGAGAGAAACUGGAAAACAAGAAAGAGGCUGAGGAACUCCAGCGACUAAAAGAGCUUUUUCUGUGGGAGCAAUGCAUGCAGGAGCAAAAGAAAGAGGAGCAGAAGAGAAAUACCAUGAAAGCUCACAUGGAACAUCUCUCUAACAGAGAUAUCAUUAGAGCAAUAGAGGCACAAAAGCAAGAGAUGGAAGAGGAGCGCAGGAGGCUUUUUGCAAAUGCAAAACAGAAAAUGGUGAAGUUGAGGAAAGACAAAGAGGAAGAGAUUUUCAGAGAGGUCCAAAUGCACAGGGGGGGGAUCAUGAAUAAACUGGCUGCAAAACAGCAGGAGCAGACGGACAAUGAGGAACUCAUCGCCAAGGCUAUUGCUCAACGGGAUGCCAGACAGGCACAGCAGCAGAAGGAGAAAGAUGACAAGAGGAUGGCUAUGCUGGACUCAAUUGCCUCACACAGAGAAGCCAUGAAAGAAGAACAGGAGCAGAAGGAAAGAGAACACAACGAGAGAGCUAUUGACAUGCUUUAUGCCAAGAAAGAAGCGGACAGAAUAUUUAUUGAAAAACAACACCUGAAGGCACUGAAAAUGAAAGAGGAUGGAAGAACUUUACAAGACGUCUACAUUCAUCAAAUGGCUGAAAAACGUGCCAAGGAACAGCAAAUAAGAAAGCAACAACAGGACUUUGAGACCAAAAAUGCAGAGCUCAUUGCUGUGGAGGAGAAGCAGUUCCAGCAGUAUGCAAACAAUGUGAUCGAUACAGCCACCGAGGCCAAGAGAAAUAUUCACCCACUCCGCAAAGCUGCCAGGGAGGGAAUUGGAGGUGGUCUUGGCCCCAUCUUUGGAGGAGUGAGGCCAAGUUACUUGGUUCAAGAUGACACUGGUGUCCAGAUGCCCAAUUACGUCGGCAGUAGAUCUCAGGACGUCAAAGAGCUGAAUGAGACACGUGAUAUUCAGCAAUCCAAGAAAAGACUUGGAUUCACAUGGUAAUCAUCUGUUGAAAAGAGUAACAUGGUCAGGUGAAGCAUGAUUAGAAAAACAAUAAACCAAUGGAAUUCAGCAUUUCCUAAGCAUUUAUGAUAUACCCCCUAUUAUGUCAUUUAUUUCAAACUAAAAAAAAACCUCACUUGAUAGGCAAGUACUUGACUGACCUAGUGGGAUGAUUGCAGUCUUUUCAGCGCUCAAAGAUGAUUCAUCUCAGAACUAUGGAAAUGUAGAGUGUAUAACUGUCUCUGAAAUUAGAUUUUUAGUUUUGUUAUUUUACAUAAUAUACAUACACACAAUAAAAAAAAAUUAAAAAAAAUAGUGCACAAAUUGGGAAACUGCUGAUAAUUUCUAGCCUGGUCCUAGAUCUGUACCUACAUGACAAAGAUAGUCAAGAGUUGGCUAAAGCACAGAUCUGGGACCAGGACAUAUAGUGCAACGGUUUCAUUUUUAUACACAAGAUUCACUCAGAUUAAAAUGUGACGUGUCAAUGUUAUCUUUA